GUCUUCUACUUUUCUUUCUUUAACUCGAUUCUCUCUUCUGCUUCUUCGUCUUCUGAUUCUCUCAUCCUCUCUCGCUCUCGCAGAGUAGUAAUUGAGCUCACAAAAACAGAUCUCCACGAGAAACUAGUAUUGUUCAUCUUUGAUAUCCUUCUUAGCUCGUCUGAUUUCUGACACCAUUAGUGAAAUCAUUUCACUAUGCCCUAAGAAUCUCGGUUACUUGAAUUUGGGUUUUAUUCCUGAUUUUGCAUUCUUCUCUGUGAUUUUGCUCGUAAUUGUCUGAUUUUUCCUGUUUAAUUGUAUUUCUCUGUGAAUGAACAAACCUACAGUGAGCGUAUACUCGUGGAGAAUUCUGAAAUUCAAGUUUGAAUUGCUGGUUUUUUUGAUUUUUUUGCUGCUCAAUUACCUAUGAGAGUGUACAAGAUUCAAAAAAUGAACUCGUUGUUUAAUAUUCUGGUGGUUUUGUUUCCUGUUUGUAACUGAAGCAUUUAAAGCUGAAAGAGUUUGGAGUAUUCUGGUGAUAUAUAGAUACAUGUCAUUGAUUUGAUUGUUUCAGAUGAGUUUGAUUCUAUAUUUACUCUACUUCGUUGGCUUAUCAAUGGUUUGUAUUUGCCAUUUUAGUGUGUUGGAUUAUAUCAGGAGAGUUUUUCUCAGUUUUUCUACUUUCUCAAUUUGUAUUUUGAUGUUAGGCUAUGGUGAUCCUGGAUGUAGUGAAGCUCAAUUUUAAUUUUUUUCACAGGUAGUCAGUGUUUUUGUUUCGAACUCUGGGCAACAUGCAAAAGGAAAUUGCUGGUGAUGCUCCAUCAGCACCUACCACUCGUGUUCGGCAUCGGAAGCGAAACAGUGAUGUUGGUGCAGGGGCAGGCAAACCAAAUGGAAGCCAUUUACUUGUCAAUGACAGCAAAAAAUACAAAUCGUUUCUCAUUCGAGCAUACUCCACUGUCUGGAUGAUUGGUGGUUUUGCUCUAAUAGUUUACCUGGGUCAUCUCUACAUUACAGCCAUGGUGGUUGUUAUUCAGAUAUUCAUGGCACGAGAACUUUUCAAUUUGCUAAGAAAAACUCAUGAAGACAAACAGCUCCCUGGUUUUAGAUUACUGAAUUGGCACUUCUUUUUCACAGCAAUGCUCUUUGUAUAUGGUCGAAUACUUAGUCAACGGCUAGUCAACACUGUGACUCCAGACAAAGUCCUAUAUCGACUGGUCACCAGCCUCAUCAAAUACCACAUGGCAAUCUGUUACUCCUUGUAUAUUUCUGGCUUUGUUUGGUUUAUUCUGACGCUGAAAAAGAAGAUGUACAAGUAUCAGUUUAGCCAAUAUGCAUGGACACAUAUGAUCUUAAUUGUGGUGUUUACUCAGUCCUCAUUUACCGUGGCCAACAUCUUUGAAGGAAUCUUCUGGUUUCUUCUUCCUGCAUCACUUAUCGUCAUCAAUGACAUAUUUGCAUAUAUCUGUGGUUUCUUCUUUGGAAGAACACCAUUGAUCAAGUUAUCACCAAAGAAAACAUGGGAGGGUUUCAUUGGAGCUUCUAUUACCACAGUGAUUUCUGCAUUCCUGCUUGCAAAUAUAAUGGGUCGUUUCCUGUGGCUGACAUGUCCCAGAGAGGAUCUAUCGACAGGCUGGCUCCACUGUGACCCCGGUCCAUUGUUCAAGCAAGAGACACAUGCUUUACCAGGAUGGAUUUCUGAUUGGCUCCCUUGGAAGGAAAUUUCUAUUCUACCAGUUCAGUGGCAUGCUCUGUGUCUUGGAUUGUUCGCCUCUAUAAUAGCUCCUUUUGGUGGCUUCUUUGCCAGUGGUUUCAAAAGAGCAUUCAAAAUCAAGGACUUUGGUGAUAGUAUUCCCGGACAUGGCGGAAUCACAGAUAGAAUGGAUUGUCAGAUGGUGAUGGCUGUUUUUGCAUAUAUAUAUCAUCAAUCGUUUGUUGUACCUGAAGUCCUCUCUGUGGAUAAGCUCUUAGACCAGAUAAUCACAAACCUGACGUUGGAAGAACAACAAGCUCUAUUCAUGAAGCUUGGGCAAAUGUUGCAGGAAAAGGUUAUUGGAUCUUAGAUCAUCACAACCCUUCAUUGUAUACCAUAUUACUCUUCUUCUGUGUUACCAAAAAGUUAGAAAUCAUAUAAAAGAGAAAAAAAAAAAAGGAAAAGUAGAGUUAUAAGUUUGUUGUAUAGUAAAUGGUACGCCUUUAUGAAAGAAAAGAAGCUCACUACAAUUCUCUUACAAUGGAACUUAUUCUUUUAAGAUGUUUUCAAAAUCAA